AUGACCACGUUGGGAUGAGCAUGGAAUCCAGACCACAUCCUUCCUUAAUUAGAAACAAGUAGCUUAAUGAAGCAUGAAACUCUUUUCAUGUUGGUCGAAUUAAAUAUCUGUCUCUCUUUUAUGUGGUCAACCAUCAUCUAGUUCACUGUUUUUGUCUCUUGUUGCCGAUUGCAAAGCUAUCUUCUGAAGAGAUGGGUUCCAUUGAGGAUGAUAGCUCCCUCGUGGAAGAGGUCCCUCUUCAGGUUCCAUUCUCUUUCUCCCACAGCUCAAUUUGCAGUUGGAUAUUUUAAAUUAGCUGCAUAAUUUGAUUGAACUGAGUGAGGGUUUAACGAAACAGUAGUUUCUGAAAUACUGGGUUUAUUACGGGAUUGCGUUCGUGGAGGAAAAUACUAAAGAAGAAGCAUGUUUGCUGUUGUUAUUGCGGAUGAAAGGGGCCGGCAAUACACAGGAGAUGGCUCAGUUGACUCUAAAGGGAAGCCUGUUCUUAAGCAGGAUACUGGCAAUUGGAAAGCUUGUCCGUUUAUUUUAGGCAAUGAGUGUUGCGAACGUUUAGCAUAUUAUGGCAUCGCAAAAAACCUUGUUACCUAUCUUACAAGGAAACUACAUGAGGGAAAUGUCUCUGCUGCAAGAAAUGUCACUACCUGGCAGGGAACAUGCUAUCUUACUCCUCUUAUCGGGGCUGUCCUUGCAGAUGCUUACUGGGGAAGAUACUGGACAAUUGUUGUUUUCUCGACAAUUUAUUUCCUUGGAAUGUGUACAUUGACUCUUUCUGCAUCUGUUCCAGCAUUAAAGCCUGCAGACUGUGUGGGCUCUGUGUGUCCAUCAGCUACAGCUACACAACAUGCUGUGUUCUUCACUGGUCUCUACCUGAUUGCACUCGGGACUGGUGGAAUCAAACCAUGUGUGUCAUCUUUUGGGGCAGACCAGUUUGAUGAUACUGAUCCCAAGGAAAGGAUUAAGAAGGGAUCCUUUUUCAACUGGUUUUACUUUUCAAUCAACAUUGGCUCUCUCAUAUCAAGCACUUUAAUUGUAUGGAUUCAAGACAAUGCAGGUUGGGGUAUUGGAUUUGGUAUUCCCUCUUUAUUUAUGGGCUUAGCUAUUGUUACAUUCUUUUUAGGAACACCCCUCUACAGGUUCCAGAAACCAGGGGGAAGCCCUAUUACGAGAAUGUGCCAAGUUGUGGUAGCUUCUUUCCGGAAACGGAAUCUGGAUGUCCCAGUAGAUAGUAGUCUCCUGCAUGAGACAACAGAUAAGAGCUCUGCAAUUGAAGGAAGUAGGAAACUGGCACAUAGUGAUGAAUUGACGUGCCUUGAUAAAGCGGCUGUAGUUUCUGAUGUUGAGCGCAGGAAAGGUGACUACUCAGAUCCAUGGAGACUCUGUACUGUCACCCAGGUGGAGGAAUUGAAAAUAUUGGUCCGCAUGUUUCCAAUUUGGGCAACUGGAAUUGUUUUCUCUGCUGUUUAUGCUCAGAUGUCGACAAUGUUUGUGGAACAAGGAACAAUGAUGGACAGAAGUAUUAGUUCGUUCGCCAUUCCUGCAGCCUCCCUCUCAACUUUUGACGUCUUAAGUGUUAUUUUCUGGGUCCCCAUCUAUGACAGGAUAAUCAUUCCAAUUGCAAGGAAAUUUACAGGCAAGGAAAGGGGCUUCUCAGAGUUGCAAAGGAUGGGAAUUGGCCUUUUUAUAUCAAUUCUGUGCAUGUUCGCAGCUGCUUCUGUGGAGAUUAAGCGACUGCAGCUUGCUAGAGAGCUUGACCUUGUCGAUAAAGCUGUUGCUGUGCCCCUUAGCAUAUUUUGGCAAAUCCCUCAGUACUUCUUGUUUGGUGCAGCGGAAGUAUUCACAUUCAUUGGGCAGCUUGAGUUCUUCUAUGACCAAUCUCCAGAUGCAAUGCGGAGUUUAUGCAGUGCCCUGUCAUUACUGACUACUUCCUUGGGAAAUUACCUGAGCUCUUUCAUUAUUACUAUGGUAUCUUACUUGACAACACAAGGAGGACAGGCUGGAUGGAUUCCUGAUAACUUGAAUGAAGGUCAUCUCCAUUAUUUUUUCUGUGUUUUAGCUGGAAUUAGCCUCUUAAAUUUGUUGAUUUACUUAGUCUGUGCCACAAGGUACAAACAGAAGAAGGCCUCUCGAAAUUGAUUUCAUUUAUAUUGUACAGAGAUCGAGUUAUGUUAAUAAAGAUAUGUCUGAUUAAGAUUGGAAGUA